AUGCCUGGCUUCUUCUCUUCAUUAUUUCAGUGGUUUAGCGGGAUAUUCUUUUCUAAGGCAGCAGAGUUGUCUGUCGUCGGUUUGCAGGCUUCGGGGAAGACUUCAUUCGUCAAUGUUAUUGGCUCCGGUCAGUGGAGUGAAGACGUCGUUCCAACAGUUGCCUUCAACUUUCGUAAAGUUCGGAAAGGAAAUGUGACACUCAGGAUCUGGGAUGUUGCCGGGCAACCAAAGUUUCGUUCCAUGUGGGAGAGAUAUUGCAAUGGUGUUGAUGCAGUGGUCUUUGUAGUAGAUUCAAAUGAUAAAGAGAAAUUUGAAACAGCACGGUUUGAGUUGCACACUCUUCUGAACCAGCCGAGUCUUCACGGCGUGCCACUGCUCGUCCUCGGAAACAAGAAUGAUAUCGACGGACAUGCACCGGUCAAUGAACUGAUCAAAGCACUGGAAUUGGACAAGAUACAAGGAAGGCCCGUAUCGUGCUAUUCGUGCUCGAUGAAAUCUCAACAUAACUUGGAUAUAAUCCUUCAAUGGCUAGCAGGACGCAGCCAUUGA